GCGGACAACUUAACCAGGAGAACCGGCCCGACCAAUCCGACCAUCCAGAACACCGAUCUUCCAGCCUCGAUUCCGAGUUCUUGCUUGGCCGGUGGUCACAUCAAAACAAUGUCAUUGGGAACCGAGCAAUGUGCCAGCAAUCCGACCGACGAGGCCCAAAGUAUCGGUCUCCAAGCAGACUCCUGCCGACGACGGAUCCGGGAGCUCAGCGAAGCAUUGAAGGAAGAGCAGAGCAGACUAGAGCGACUAGAAGCCAUCGAAAGCUCGCUAAUUAUACAUGCGAGUCUGCGGAGCCAACAAGCGGGGGACGAAAGCCGGCCGCAUGAGGAGGGCGGGAUGGGCCCGAAGCGGAAGGCCUAUCAAGCGGUGAAGCCGGAGGUCAAGGAGCUGGUGAUCCAGAACGUGUUCGACAAGGGCAUGACCCAGCGCAAGGUCUCCGAAUCCUUCGGCCUCUCCGAACGCACCGUCAGACGGAUCAUCAAGGCCGAGAAGAACAUCCAUUCGGGCCUCGAACCGGCACCCAAACGCCGCCGAGGCGCCAAGACUAAACUGACCAACGAGAUCAUGAGCGAGCUGUUAUUCAAGCUCGAGCGCCAACCGAACAUGACCCUCUCCGAUAUGAAGCGCUACGUCUCCGAGACUCAUGCUGUUACUUGUACGCCCCAGUCGAUUUCGAGAAUGCUCUCCAGUAUGGACGUCAAUUGGAAAACGACCCUCAAGAUACCCUCGCAUUGGAACGAAAUCAAUAUCCUCCGGGAACGCCAUGAUUUCGUCGUUCGAAGAGCUAUCGACGUCGAUAAGCAGUUGAUCUUUGUAGGCGAUACCGGCUUCGAUCUCAACUUCAAUCGCUCCCAGGAUCCUUCUUGCUCAGAGCAAGGAGCCAGUCUAAGUCUAGUACCCAGGACGUCUCAAGCAACCUUACUAGGCGCGAUGAGCACGAGCGGAUACGUGUACCACGAGAUCAUCAAUCCGGACGGGAAGCGAGUGACGGUGCUGAGCAGGGAGGACUACGAGGAGUUCCUGAUCCGGCUGAGCACGAAGAUCGACAGCCGGCGCAGCGUGGUGAUUGUGGAGCGAGCGAAGCUAGCCGGAGGAAAGGAGGAGGAGGAGGAGACGCGGCCAUUGGAGGGCCGCUUGGCCGAGCAUUUCCGCGAACCCGACUCGCUCGCAUCGCUCCUCUCGUCUACCCAUCCUCCCGUCGGAAACCAUCAUCCCCAAGCAUCGAUAAUCAAGACGGAAAUCGACUAUCUGCCCGCCUGUUCCGGCUUCCUCAGUCCCCUCGAAAUCAGCUUCGUCGACCUCAAAAACCACAUCAAAUCCUUGGACCCUCCGAUCCAUGAACGCAGCCAACUCAUCCUCCAUCUUACUAACGCUAUCCACUCCCUCUUUCCCGCUCCUAAGCCCCAGGACCUCUUCAACUUCGUCGCCAAGGAACUCUAUCCUAAUUGUUUCAAUUUGGCCCCCAUCUCCGGCCCGAUCAUCAAACAUCCUGACGCCUUUCAAUCUCCCCCUCUUCGCUAGCUUCAUCCUCCUUCCUCCAUCCCCAAAUGGACAUUUUUUUUUAUUCCCUUUGAUUUGUAAAUCAUGCAGUUCUUCAAAAGUCAUAGAAACAUCAUGCACACAUAUUUGUCAUUUUUUUGGUUUUGUUUUAAGCACCAUGUUGUUAACUAUAAGUCAAUGUCAACUGACCGUAUUAUACAUAAGUCAUCACAUUUGCAAUGACCAAAGGGUAACUCCCAAGUUGAGAGAAUCUGGUGCUGGAGU